UUCGGACCGUGUUAUCCGGCAGCACCACCUUCAAAUACCGGUGGCCAUGAGCGGCAACGACGACGACGACGAUUUCGAACGUCAACUCCGGCUCGAGCAGCAGGAAAAAGCUUCGGCGGCAGAUGGUGCUUCGGAUCCAUACACCUAUACCGAUCCCACCGACGGCACCGCUUAUGAGUGGGAUCAUGAGAAACGCGCUUGGUUUCCGAAGAUCAACGAGGAUUUCAUCGCGAUGUAUCAAUCGAAUUACGGAUACGCUCCGGCCCCGGAAGAAUCGACCAGUAAAAGUACGGAACCAGAGAAACCGCCUCCGAAAGACAACAACGAUGAGGUGGAAGCGAGUUCUGAGAAGGAAGAGGAUUCCGAGAAACAGCCCUCUUCAUCCGACGCUGCCGAAGUUGCGGGGUCUGAGAUCCUCAAGAAGAAGGGUCUGAAGAACGCUCAGAAGAGACCAGCGACCUGGUUCGAGCUGGAUGACGCCCACAAUACGAAGGUGUACGUCAGCGGUCUCCCAACUGAAGAUUUCGAUGACGAGAAAUUCAUGGAAAUGAUGUCCAAAUACGGAAUGCUGUUCAAGGACGCCUCUGGGAAGUACCGGGCUAAACUCUACAAGGACGCCAAUGGGAAGCUCAAGGGCGACGGCAUCUGCACCUACCUGAAAGUUGAGAGCGUAGACCUCGCCAUCCAGCUGCUGGACGGCAGUCAGAUGGGGGAUCAGCAAGUUCACGUCGAGAGAGCGAGAUUCCAGAUGAAAGGUGAAUUCGAUCCGUCGAAAAAGCCCAAACCGCUAAUGAAGAAGGAGAAGGAGAAACUGAAGAAGAAAAUUGAGAAACUCUUCGCAUGGAAACCCGACAAACUCCGCGGCGAGCGCAACAAGUGGGAGAACACUGUCGUGAUUCGCAACUUCUUCGAGCCACAAGAGUUCGAUCAAGACCCACGCCUGGUGCUCGAAUACCAAAAGGACCUGCGAGAAGAAUGCGAAAGCAAAUUCGGUGAGACGAAGAAGGUCGUGAUCUACGACCGUAACCCCCAAGGGGUGGCCACUGUUACGUUCAAAGACGUCGAGCACGCCGACGCCUGUAUAACGACAAUGAAGGGUCGUUUCUUUGCUGGACGGCAACUCGAAGCGGACCAUUGGGAUGGCAAAGAGAAAUUCAAAAUCGUCGAAUCGGAGGAGCAGCUCGAAGAACGGAUGAAAAAAUGGGAUGAAUUCCUCGAGAAGGAAUAG